GCAGAAGGAAUCAAUCCAAAUGUCCAGGCGACUGAUUCAAUUGGCCUCCAAGGGAGCGUCUCCUCUUUGCAACGUCCAACAAUUUUACUCUGUUCGCUCAUUUAGAACCUCUUCUUUGGCAUUAGCCAAAGCUGCUAAGCAACAACCAAAGGCAACAAAGAGCUUCAAGCAAAAGACAAAGACAACUGCUGAGUCGGCAGCUGCUGUCUCUGCUGCAGGAAAGAACAAUGAAUUGUUCUACAAAUCUGCUCCUAUCAUCAACAUGAAUGAGUUCCUUCCAGAACUCAUCACGGACGAUGCUUUGAACAAAGUCUUUGCUCUUCCUGAAGAUGUUACAACCAGCCUGGAGGUGUUCAAAUACCCAAAGUUUCUUGAGAAAGAGUUCAAUCUGCUCAACAAAGCCUCCCUCGUCGCUCGCCAAUCUUCCCUCGACUUGGUCAACAAAAUCGAUAAUGCUACAUCCGCAUCUAGCGAAUCAACACGAAUCAUAUUGACCGGUGAGCUUGGAAGUGGACGCAGUGCCGUUUUGCUUCAGGCUGUCAGCUUCGCCUUGAGCCGAAAGUGGCUUGUCAUAUACAUCCCAACAGCUUCUGUAUACACCAAUGGAUCAUCAUCUUAUGCACCUAUCCAAGGCUCCAAUCAGUUUGAACAACCUGCUUUGGCCUCCAGCCUUUUGCAAAAGAUCAAAAACGUCAAUGAUCAUAUUUUGAAGGAGAUCCUUUUGACCAAGGAUUAUCACAUUGAUCGACACUCAGCCUUGAAGGGUACCUCAUUGUCUAAGCUUUUAGAUAUUGGUAUCAAGGAUCAGUACACAGCACAAAAGGUGUUUGAGGUACUUUUAGAGGAGGCAGGCAACACUAGCACGCCUACCCUUCUUGCUGUGGAUGAAAUCAACGCAUUGUACACCAAGACCGCGUACCACGACACCGACUCUCAGGUUCUUGAUGCCCACCGAUUGCGUCUUCCACGCACCAUCUUGGACUACUUUGCCGGCAACAAGCAAUUCAAAGCUGGCGCUGUUGUUGGAGCCAUGUCUGACCACCUCACAAACAUCAAGAGCUUUGGCCUUGAAGUUGCAUUGGGUUUGCAAGUCCCAGACGCCUAUAGCCAACUCCCUACCGAGACGAUAGCCUUGGCCAAGGGUGUUGAGAGAUUGGACAUUAAGCCUUACACUGACGCUGAGGCCAAGACUGUUCUUGACUACUACCACAUGGCACAAGUGGUGUUUGAAGAACCAUCCGAGAUGCUGCUCAAGAAGAAAAUGGUCACCAGCAACGGUAACCCACGAAAAUUCUUCAACGCCUGUGUUAGAAACUUGUAGACAGACCAUAGACCAAAAAAUUUCCCCCAAACAAGACCCUUUCCUUAAUCACAAUAAAACAAAAACAUCCAUAUGUAAAAACAUUGAACGACGU